AUGAGGUCGACUGGCGUUGCAAGCUAUUUCAAUACGUUUUUACUACAAAUACACGACCAUGAUUAUUUUUUUCAUCCGUUCCAUCAAAACCAGAUUCCAUUAAAGCUACACCAGAUAAAUUCCAUCUAUAUACCCACAAUAAUGCUCCCCAGAUCCUUCCAUAUUAGACUAUUCCGCAACAUAUCCAUACGGCAAAACUCAACCACGGCUCAGUCAUACAUCCGCCCCAAACCAAAACUAUAUUCACUUUUAAAGACCCCCACCACAAAAUCAUUAAUCCUUUCACUUAUAUGUACGUCAGUGAUGAUUGAUUUGUUGAAAAUUCGUCGUGAUUUAGACUCUUUACAACAUUCAUAUACUAUGAAGCUUGCCUUGUUGGGCGAAAUUAUAACGAAGUUAACACAAGGUGACUUAAUUGAUUUAGAUAAAGAAUUGAAAUUGGCUCAUGCAUUCACUAGUGCGACGAAAUACGAAUCGGUUAAUGAUGUUGAAUUGGAUCAGGAGUUGGAAGAGUUUUUGAAAUUGGCUGAACUGGAUGGUAGUCAAGAGAUUGGAGAGCAGGGAAGUGUUGGUACUUACUUAUAG